AUGCCCAUCCCACCAGUCCCCACCACAACCCCAGUAACACCAGCCCCACCCUUCCCCGACCGCCCCGAUGCCAACCCAGACGACGCUGCCGGCCCUGCAACCCCGCCACCCACGGACGCCGCACCUGCGGCCAUCCCCUUCUUCCUCGAACUCCAACGCCGCGCCGGCCUCCUCCACGCACCCGCAGAACGCAUCGAAACCGACUUUGAUAACACCUUCGAACCCCCACACCUCCACCCAGCCGGCAGUCCAGUCGACAUCGCCACGCGAACCGAAACCCACGCCGAACUGGAGGAUUUCGUCCUCAAACCCGUGCCCAUGGGCCAAAAGCUCCUCUGCUCGAUCCUACGACGACGAGGUGGGGACGACCCGGCGGAUAAAGGGAGUUCGCUCACGUCUCCGCGGUAUGAGAUGUACAUAGAGGACGGGGAUAACACGCCGGUGUUUGUGCUGGCGGCGCGCAAACGGAAGAAGGCCGGGGCGUCGGUGUAUACCAUCUCGACCACGCGCUUUGGCGCGUCGAGCGGGAGUCUCAACUCCCAAAAUGUUGAGGGAGUCGUUGGGAAGGUCAAGUCGAAUUUCGUGGGGACGACAUUCACCAUCUACGAUAAGCACAAACGGGGAAGCAAAACCAACGCGUCUGCGAAAUCAGACUCAAGCGACGACCCAGCAGCAGAGUCUACAGCAGCGAUAAGAGAAGAACUCGGCGUCGUAACCUACGAACCCAACCUCCUCGGCUUCAAAGGCCCGCGCAAAAUGACCGUCGUCGUGCCCGCCAUGACCCGCGAUGCCCGCCGGCUGUCCAUCCGUCCCACACACGAUUCACAGACCAUCCUCCGUCGCUUGCGCGCCUCCCAGGAAACGUUGUUGAAGUUCCACAACAAAGCCCCGCAAUGGAACGACGAGACGCAGAGCUAUGUGUUGAACUUCAGCGGGAGGGUGACGUUGGCGAGUGUGAAGAAUUUCCAGAUUGUGCCGGAGGAGGAUAAUGAGUAUAUUAUACUCCAAUUCGGCCGCGUUGGGGAUGAGCACUUCACCGUCGACUUCCAGUACCCGAUGAGUUGCGUGCAGGCGUUUGCGAUCGCGCUGACGAGCUUUGACGCGAAGCUCUUAUGCGAGUGA